AUUCAACCUCAAAAUAUGUUUUUUCUAUGUACACAAAAACAAAUAAACAAAAACACCCUUAAUUCAGCAUAAUUCGAAUUCAAAUAAGCCAAGAACGAGAACCCCCAGCGUGGCAAACUUUGUGUUACAUUUUUAUUUAAUUUCACUAUCUGGUAGCUGGCGGCCAAGUGGAACUUGCAGCUCGAAGCCUGUCUUUCUGUGCUGCGCGUGCUGCUAAAAAAUGCGCCGGCAAAAGCAAUUUGAUAGCUGCGCGGAAUACGUAAAAAACAAUACACCCAACCGAAACAGCCCUCCAGUCAAGAAAAAAAUGUUCUGAAAUUACAAAAAAAAAGAAAAGGAAAAAGGGAAAAUGAAAACCCACUGCUAACCGUUCGCAGUUUCUCCUCCUUGUGUAUGUGUGUUCUGUACUUGUGGCAGCUAAUUUUCAUUAUUCUUUCAAAAUGCAAUCAAGAAAUGUUGCUCUAGCCGGGCUGCACCAUCUCCGGCAGGAAGGGAGGAGGAGCAGCCCCUGGCACAAGGAAAAAGGAUCAGGAGCGCGGAGUCCUCCAGGAGGGCUGUUACGGCCAAAGGCCCUCCGGAGAAUUUCUGGCUGUUUCUGAUGCGUUGGUUAGGCGAAUCGGACAACAGGCUUCCAGCGUCUUUCCGGUAAUGGUCGUCGUGUUCAAAGAAAUGAAGCUCCUCAUCUGGCUUUCACUUUUAUUGGCAUGCGAUGGGUUUAAAGUUACGGAGGACAACAUAAUAACUGAACUGUGCUUCAAGCCGCAAUCUGGACCGGCAUGCCAGAAAAUGAAAACAUUUUAUUGGAACGAAAAAAGCAAGAACUGUUCGAUGUCCAGCUAUUUAUUGCAGCCUUGCGGAUUCUUCCACAAACUCGAAACGUGCAAUACAAUAUGCUCCAAGAAAUCAUGGACUUUACCUGACUUAGAAAAAUAUGUUAGCAAGUUACCUUGAAAUAUAUAUUUGUAUUAGAAUGUAAAAGCUUCGUUUUUAAACGAAGUUAAAAGUUA